UAGCAUUACCCUGAUACCAAAACCAAAGAUACAUGCAAAAAAGAAAACUACAGGCCAAUAUCACUGAUGACUAUUGAUGCAAAAAUCCUCAACAAAAUAUUAGCUAAUUGAAUUCAACAACACGUUAAAGUCGGGGUGCAGUGUCCCAGGUUCACUCAACCCUUCCCGUUUUCCUCUCUGUGUGUCUACUUUGCCGUGUUCCCUGGUGGCAGCGGCGGUGGCAACGUUGGUGCGUGGGCCUCCCAGGACAAGGGGAAAGACAGCAAAGCUGAGGAGAAUGGCUCCGACAGCUUCAUGCACUCCAUGGACCCACAGCUGGAGCUGCAAAUGGAAACCACCCAGAACCUGGUGGACUCCUACAUGGCCGUUGUCAACAAGACCGUGUGGGAACUCAUGACCAAGGAGUUCAUCUUCUCAGAGAUGCUCUCCAACCUGUGGGGACCAGAACACGCUGAUGGAGGAGUCGGCAGAGCAGGCACAGCGGCACGAGGAGAUGCUGCGUAUGCACCACGUGCUGAAGGAGGCGCUCAGCAUCAUCCACGACAUCAACACAAUCACCGUCAGCACGCCCACGGGGGCCCGUGGACAACUCCUGGCUGCAGGUGCAGAGAGUCCUUGCCACACGCAGGUCUGGUGGCUGUUGCGCUGGGCUCCCCAAGGCGAGAGGUGACCCCGGACCAGUGGGUUGGAAAACAGGGUGACCAGAGAAGAGGGAAGCCAGAGGGGGUGAGCAUUGGUCUGAACAGUGGAUGCACUGCCUGGGUGCCGUGGACGAGGCCAGCGUGUGUGGGGUGGGGAGGGUGGCCACAGCCCCCAGGCACUACCUGUGAAGCUCCAGCUCCUCCCUCCAUCUUCCUCCCCUUUCCCUUCCAGCCCCGCUUUUCCAGGAAGCUUGCCACACCCUCACCUGCGCCCUCCCCUCCCCCGCCCUCCCACGGCUGCUGUGGCACACCUGUGCUCUGCACUUGCCUCACCAGCUCUCUGCUCGCUUUUCUCUCUCCUGUUUUCUCUCUGCUUUCUCUCCAACUGCCAGCCCAUCAGGUCAGACAAGUCCAUCCUGGCCCCGCUUUGACCUCUAAACAGAUCCAUCCUCUUCUCGGAGACCUCCCUUUCCAGGCCUGCCUGGGCGGCUGUUCUGUGAUUCGACAGUGGCUCCCACAGCCCCAAAGCCAGCCCCCUUCAUCUGUGACUUGGUCUGUUGUAGUGGUGAGCUGACACUUCCAGGUGUGACUGUGGCUGAAAACGUGUGCCCCCCUCUGUGGUAUGCCCCUGCCCUGUUCUAUAAAUAUCUAUAAAUACAUGUAUGUACAUAUAUACACAUACAUAUAUACACAUACAU